AUGUGGAGAGGCUUCUGCAAUAUGCACGUCAAGAGUUCCCACGGUCUGAACGACCAUCUCCCUUUGUUGAACGCUGACUUGAACCACGACAAACAGCCGUGCACCCUGCACGCACCGCCCACAGCCCUUACAGCACAUCCACGAGCGGUCGUUGACUCAGCAACGUCGGUGAUGGCGCCCCCCAGCUCAGGAAACCCCUCCAGCAACCUCCAGAUACCUUCCAUGAAUUCAAAUCCGGGGCCGUCGCGCCAGUACAGCCAUUCGCCAUCGUCUGCGUACACGCCAAGCGCCGGGACGUCGUCUGCACGCCCCACCUCGGUCGCAGCUCACACAACAACCACUUCCCAGAACCAUCACUCAGCCUCAGCGUCACGGCGCCAGCGUGCAUCGCACACUGUCGUUUCGCCAAGCUCUAGCGGACAGCAACAAGGCAGCUCGCAAUCUCACCACGAAAGCUCCGCCCCUCUUUAUACCGACAUUUAUGCACACCCGGCCGCUGUCGCCUACGCUGCUGCACACCCUCGUCGAACCAUCCCCAAAUUCGGUCCUUACCUUCUGCUUCAGACCCUGGGAGAGGGCGAGUUCGGAAAAGUCAAACUUGGGCUUCACUGCCAGUGGGGAGAGGAAGUCGCAGUCAAAUUGAUUCGGCGGGGUAACGUUGAUGGAACAGUCAGAAUGUCCAAGGUAGAGCGGGAAAUUGAGGUCCUAAAGACUCUCAAACACCCCAACAUCGUUCGAUUAUACGACGUGAUAGAAACGGACAAGUACAUUGGAAUAAUCCUGGAAUACGCCUCCGGAGGAGAGCUCUUCGACCACAUCCUCGCCCAUCGUUAUCUGCGCGAGCGCGACGCUGCCAAACUCUUUUCGCAACUCAUCUCAGGUGUAUGGUACAUCCACCAGAAGAAAAUCGUGCAUCGAGACCUUAAACUUGAAAACCUUCUCCUUGACCGACACCGCAAUGUCAUCAUCACGGAUUUCGGUUUUGCCAACCGCUUCGAGCAUCGCGCCGACGACCUGAUGCAAACUUCUUGCGGAAGCCCUUGCUACGCCGCCCCUGAACUCGUCAUCAGCGAAGGCCUCUACGUUGGUAGCGCAGUUGACAUCUGGAGCUGUGGUGUUAUCCUCUACGCCAUGCUCGCGGGCUAUCUCCCAUUCGAUGACGAUCCUGCUAAUCCAGAUGGCGACAACAUUAAUCUCCUCUACCGAUACAUCAUCAGCACACCUCUCUCAUUUCCUGAUUACAUUUCUAUGGAAGCUAGGGACCUUCUCAGCACGAUGUUAGUUCCAGACCCCACACGCAGAACGACUCUGGAUGGUGUUAUGCGCCACCCAUGGCUCACUGCAUACCAUUCACCACGUACCGACGGCCAGCCCAAUGCUUUCGGAAAGACCAUCGAAGAGCUGGAACAAACGGCCAUGGAUCAGCACCAAAGUAAACGACAGGCCUACCAAAGGCAGAUGCGGGCUCACGCUACCGCCAACGGCGUUGUUUCGCCUUCUAGGACCCAGAGUCAUCGACCGGACCAUGGCACGGCACCCUCUUCAUCCACCCGCAGCCGAUCAACACAGCCAGAGUAUCUCUACGAUUCGUCUGUUGACCAGUCCAUCAUUUCUCCGACUGCAAACGUCGUGGCGAGCCCAACGCAAAACGGUACUGCCCGCAAGAAUUAUGGUAGCCCUGCUGCCCUCGGACUCGCCGAGGACGAUCCUUUCGCCGGUCCUCCGGGAAGUGCGACCCACAACACUGCUACUGCUCCCCCUGUUUCUGCAGGCUCCAAGCAACGGACGUCAGAAGAUACAUCGCAAGCCAAUGCUGCUCUUUCUCCGAAUUCUCAAUCCGCGAAGGGCCACAGAUCCAGCUCGAGCGGAGGAGGCGGAGGGUUCAGGCACACGAUUCAGGUCGAGUAUGACGAUGCUUCGAAGAACUCGAGGAGGAGCGAAGAUCGUCGACGCGAUAGGAGUGGAAGCCAGGGGCAGUCGAGUGCACAGCCACAGCAAGCCCAACAAAAUGGACCGACGGUGGCCGCUCCUCUUGUAGGCCCGGCUCCGCCUGCGAAGGAGAGAAGACCAUCUCAGAGUAGUUUUAAGCCCUUGCCUCCAUCGCCGCCUACAGUGGCUCCAUCAUCGUAUCGCCCACCGACUGCCGUCGUCGCGCCUCCAACACCAAAGACUGCAACACCAGGUUCCGCGACUCCGACCAGAGGAUCUCGGCCUGCUGAGCUCAAUGGCACCAAGACUCCUGCAACUGCCGAGCCUUUAGUCGUCAACAUCUCCUCGCCACCUGCGACGCCCAACACUGCUGCAAUCGAGCAACAUGAGAGGGAUAGGGAUUCUGCAAAGGACACUGGCAGUCAGAAUUCGACGUCUUCCGCCAAGAAGGGACACAGUCGAGGCAAGUCAAGCCUCGAUAGGAUUGGCCUCGGGAAGAUCUUUGGCUCAGGCUUUGGCACCAAUGUCUCGACCGCAGCUGCCCCGGUCACCACAGCAGUCAACGGCGAUGGAACAAUAGCCAGCCAGCAUAGCAUCACUCCUGUACCGUCCGAGGGACAAGGAAGUGCCACAUCAGUUCUUUUGAGCCCCGUUGCCAACGAGAAGGAUAGUGGGAAGAAAAGCAGGAGGAAUACGUUGACAGUAAUGGUGGAGCCAUUUAGUCGGUCCAUUCGGAACAGGAAAGGUCGGAUGGCGAGUACUCCUCUGACGGCGGACGGGCCCAGUGCAGCAAAGGAAGGAAAACGCUCUCCACAAGCCCAGAGCGCGGUGCUGCCUCCUACCAACGUGACACCCGCCACGGCUGACACUACCCUCUCACCGUCGAACGAAUUCGGUGAUCCGACUGGUAUGCAUGCGUCGUCGAACAAGGCAAAGAAGGUCAUGCAGUGGUUCAGGACGAAGUCGAAGGGCAGAGACUCUGUUGGGUAUGGUGUGGAGGAGGACAGCGCAAGUCGAGAGAAGGAGAGCGGCACCCCCACGCAGACCAAGUACCGUAAAGGCUUUUCAGCAUCCAGCAGCACAGUCAACCAGGCAGUGCCUGCCUCGGCACCAGGCCUCAAGGAGGCCGCCAUGUCGCCCGUGCAUGUCGUCGUUACCCAACCGAACUCGGCUGCUCCUCGGCACACGGCGAGCGGACACCCACAGCGGUCCGCGAGCACUGCGACCGAAUCGUCGGCCACGACGCCGAGCUUCGUCACCCGCUUCCGCAACUCCGUCACAGUUGGAGGAUCUUCACACAACAACCACAGCAGCGCUGACAAGACCCACCCUCAUGGCCAGUUGAGGAUCCAUCACGGUGCCGUCGAUCAGACGACGAUCACCACGCGCCCGCCGCCGGAGGUUAUGGCGCACGUUAGGAAGGUGCUGGAGGGCAUGGGUGUGGAGAUUCAGUUGGAGAGCGAGUACAAGUAUAGGUGCAUCCGGGCGAAGAAGAGGAAGGGCGCUAUAAGUGGGGCAGCUGGUACCUCAUCUGCUGCCACUGUUGUUGCCCCUGCUCCUGGUGCUGCUCCGGGCACAGGUUUGGCUGCCAUUACGAUGGUAGGAAGCGCCGCUUCCAACGGGGUCGAUAAGCGUGGUUUACCUCUCCCUUCACCGUCUGCGUUUGCUGGAACCGGCGGGAUGCUUCGUGGCCUUCUCAUGCGCCGACAGUCGUCGCAGGUGUCGACUCAUGGACCUUCGUCGUCAGCAUCUCUGGCUUUCGACGAUGAGAGUUCAGUGGUUGUCAGCGAGCCGCUCAUCAUUCCAGAGGCGGCGUAUGGAGACCCAUCACAAGACGCUGGCGACGAAGUCCGGUUCUCAGUGGAAUUGACGCGACUCGACCGUCUGAAUGACACCUACAGUUUGGAUAUCAGACGUCUCAAAGGAAACCUCCGGAGUUAUAAGUUCCUGUACGAUACCCUUAGAGAACGCGCCGAUCUUUCUGCCACCCAGGCGUAA